UACCUUAAAAAACAAAAUCCCGAGGGUCCUGCUACCUUCCAGCCAAAACUAACCUUACUUUUUUGUUCUCCUUUCUCUACCACCGCUACCCUUUACACUGCCCUCUGUUGAAUUGGCUCAUCUUGCUCUGUUAUGUUUUUUACAGGAGAUUGGUUGUGUUCUUUUUAAUUUUUUUAAUUCGUUUCCAAAAUUUUGUUUCCUUUUGUAUUGCAGUUUCGUGUUUUUGUUACAAAAUUGUUGCGGUUAUUUUUGUCCAUUUUACUGCAGGAUGUAGAGUGUGACAUGCUAAUAAUAUUGUUAAAUUUCAGUAACUGUCCCAAUACAAAGUUUUUGAUCAAGUUAUCUUCUUGUUUGUGUUAGUAACGGUUUAUCUUGGUAUUACUGUUUUGCAGAAUCGGGUGAAUGGAUACGGAUUAAAAGGAAAGCCAAUGAUUAUACAGUUUGGUCAGAAUCCCGCUGCUGCUAAGUCUUGAUUGAGUCCAUGUAUUGAUGUAUAACAGAUGACUAAUGAUGCAUUCUUAAUUCACUCAUGGCGAGAGGAAUCUGCACUACCCAUUAAGACCACAACAUUCUGCAAUGACAGUGAUAUGAAUGCUAAAACGCAGGUUUUUCUGGUUUGUUCGUUUGUGGUGGUUUCUGAAGCGAAGGAAAAUUUAAUGGCUGAAGUUUUGACCAAGGCGAGCCUGGUUUCUUCGUGGCAUGGUAGUAGUCAACGCCACCAUCGAAGACUAUCCAUGCUUCCCAAUUCUUGUAACUUCGUUUCUGACGUUGGAAGGUUCCCUUCUCUCAAGUUAAAGUCUCAGAUUCUCAGAUCUUGGUCCUCUUCUUCAGAGUUUCAUGGUAAAAAGCUUCUCUUUAACGUAAAUAGAGCAAUACCCAACAGGGUCAGUUCGCGGUUGAGAGCUUCUACUGCAACUCAGAUGACCCAUAGAAUAGGUAAAGUUCAGAAAUGGUGGGAAAAGGGGCUUCAGCCCAACAUGAAAGAGGUGACUUCCGCCCAAGAUCUUGUAGAAUCACUGUUAAGCGCAGGGGACAAGUUGGUGGUGGUUGAUUUCUUCUCUCCUGGUUGUGGUGGCUGCAGAGCCCUUCACCCUAAGAUAUGUCAACUGGCAGAGAUGAAUCCUGAUGUUCAAUUCCUUCAGGUAAACUAUGAGGAGCAGAAGUCCAUGUGUUAUAGCCUCAAUGUCCAUGUUCUUCCCUUCUUCCGCUUCUAUAGAGGUGCUCAAGGUCGAUUAUGUAGCUUUAGCUGCACCAAUGCCACGAUCAAGAAGUUUAAAGAUGCAUUGGCUAAACACUCUUCAGAUAGAUGCAGCUUGGGCCCAACCAAAGGGUUAGAGGAGAAAGAGCUCCUUGCUCUUGCUGCCAACAGAGAUCUUUCGUUCACCUUCUCACCAAAUCCCUUACAACCUGAACAUGCAGAUGAAGACUUGGUUACUGCUUCCACUCCUGUUCUUAGUUCAGAAUCUCUUCAUUCAUUGACUCUCAUUUCUGAGGUCUCCAGAGAGAAAACCUUAGCCACUGCUGGGAGAUGAUGUGGUCAGUUUGCAAGCCAAACUCAUCAUCUCCCUUGUACAGUGUAUAGGUUUGUUUUGGUGCAAUAUUUGUGAGAAUGAAGAUAUCAUUGCAGAUAAAGUCUAGUAUGACAGUAUAUGCAUUGGGCAUGUCUUUUUUGGAUCCAUGCCAUGAUUAGGCCAGAUAGAAGUUGUGGAAUUAGUUGUUACCCUUUUUUGUGUGAGGAGGAUUCAUUUCCUAUUGUUGUAAAAAGGAAUGUCAUUAUAUUCAUCAAUGGAAAGUUUGUAUUUUUUCUUUUCUGAAA